UAUCCAAAAUUGAUAGACGGCUACGGGCAGUGUCAGUAGGAAAUCGGCGUCCUAUGCGAAACCCUCGUUUCCAAAAUCCCCUUCUUUCGCUUUCAUCUCAUAACCGCUUCUUCCUGGCUUUUCCUCUCUCUCUGUGCGAUAGCCACUUCGAGAAUCGUAGUUUUACAACUCCGACUCAAAUCCUCUCUGCUCGCUUUCGAAAGAUCAUUCACUCGAUAAAAAUAGAUUGUCCGCAGCAACCACUCCGACGCCGAUAUCUAAAGCUACGCUGAAAGAGACGAACAUGGACCCCAACGAGACAACUCCGAAAUUGCUCAACCAAGAUCCGUUUCAUGAGGUGAACAGGAAAAGAGCGAAAAAGGAGCCUCUGAGUAACAAGGCUUCUACAGAAUCAAGAAAACAUAUGGAGAACAAAGGACAAGGAUCAAGCUAUCAGAUGUCAUGGGAUCGAAAUGCUCGCAUUGGAGGCUAUCCACGGAAUGCUUCACGUGUUGCAGGAAUCAGCCAACAGUUCCGUGUUGUGAGAGACAACAGACUCAAUCAAAAUACGAAUGGGAAUAUGAAGCCAGUAUUGCUUCAAUGUUCAACUUCUGCUAAUGAGCAAGCGGUUGCAAAUAUUCCUCCAAAGAGCUCUCCAGGAAUUCUAACUGAUGAAAAGCACUCAGAUGCCAGAAAAUUAGGGCGACAGCCCCCAUCUCAAGCUUCGAAAUCAGCCCAUGAUUCUGGGUCCCAACAUGCUGGAGAUGCCAAUUCAGGUGACACUUGUUGUAUGCAAGCAUUAGCAGAAGAGGCAAGGGGAAAAGUCCUGAAUUCAGCUCCCCGAGCACAAGGAUGGCAACCACACAUUUAUCUGCAGCUUUCAGCAGCAUUAGCAUCCACAGACCCUGUUCACGUGCCAUCUCCUGAUUCUAGGUCAUCUGAUGCUGGAGUAGUGGGAAUUCGUCAUCAGUUUUCUGGAAAUCCUGUCAUGCAUUCAUCUGUUCCAAAUGGUUCCUUUUCGAAUCCAUGUUUGGGGAAGGGUGAUUCAACCACAGGAUUGUUUGGACAGUCUUCUGCCAUAACCAAGGGUGAUCAAAUCAGUCGAUCUUUCUUCGGCAGUAAACACAAUAGCAAGCUGCAUCAACCUGUGGGUCAUCACAAAGCUUCACAAUCCAAUAUGGAAUGGAAACCAAAAUCAAGCCAAAAGUCGAGCCUUACCAGCACUGGAAUGAUUGGAACUGCUACCAUCACCGUUUCAUCUCCCACUGAUAGUUCACCAACCUCAAUGGCAGAUGAGGCCCACUUGUUGGAGAAGCUUUCACAAGUUAAUAUUUCCAAAAACCAGCAUGUAAUCAUACCACAGCAUCUUCGAGUUCCAGAGGCUGACUGCUCCCACCUGAUCUUUGGUAGCUUUGCAGCAGGAUUCAAUUCUGCCAAGGACUUUCUGUCUGGACCCAAAGCAUUUGGAAAUUCAGAAGUGUCGAAAGAUGAGCCUGCUGUGAGUAUAUCGUUAUUGAUUCCGGUUACCUCUACUGAAGAUGUUUAUGUCCACGACGAGGUGGAUAUACUAGAAGACCAUGUCAGAACUUCCUUCCCUGUAUCUCCGGCAUCAGAUUCGGCAUCUGAGCACCAACUACGUGAUAAAAAGGAGUCUUCAAAUCCUCGGAGUAUGGAUAACUAUGCAGAUAUCGAGUUGGUUGGAAGCUUUACCCGUUGUUACACUCCAGAAGAGCCACAACAACAGCAAGAUCCUCCAAGUUUGCCUAGUUUUUCAGCUUUGAGCUUGCACGGGGCAAAGAGUGUCACUCCUUCAACAGAGGCGUUGGUGCAGCAGCAGCAUACACAGCUAUACCCGGAAGUUCAUAUUUCACACUUUCCAAACUUCAUUCCAUACCGUCGGUUUCUCUCUCCAGUUUAUGUUCCGCCAAUGUCCAUGCCUAGCUAUUCUAGUAACCCAGCAUAUCCACAUCCCACAAACGGCAGCAGUUACCUGCUGAUGUCGGGAGGAAGUUCACACCUCAAUGUGGACAACUUGAAGUAUCCAGCUGCACAGUAUAAGCCUGUCACGGCUGGCGGUCCAACAGGGUUGGGAAAUUAUACCAAUCUGUCUGGGUACACCAUCAGCGCACCAGGAACAGUUGGUGGGGUGACGGGGCUUGAGGAUGCAAUGAGGGUCAAGUACAAAGAGAGCAAUCUUUAUUUCCCGAAUCGGCAGGCAGAAACUUCAGAGAUUUGGAUUCAAAGCCCCAGGGAUCUUGUAAGCCUGCAAUCAGCUCAAUACCAUAACCUAUCAGGACAAGCACCACAUGCUGCUUACAUGCCAUCUUAUGCAGGCCAUGCUUCUUUCAGCAGUCCCAUGCAGUCUGCGCACGUGCCGUUUACUGGUUUGUAUCAUCCACCACAGUCUGCCACAAUUGCAAACCACCACCACCAGUUGGUUAAUCAGCAGAUGACGGGUAUGUGCGGGAAUGUCGGGGUUGGAUUGGCAGUGUCCGGGGCUGGAGCAUAUCAACAAUCUCAGGUUGGGCAACUUAAUUGGACUGGUAACAUCUGAAAGAAAUGUGGGUCCUUAAAAAAAGUGUCCCUUGAUGGAUGGGGAUAGGAAAUAGUGGCAGAAAGAAAUUUGUGAAUAUGCCUACUUGUUUAAUUAAAAAUGAUAUCAUAAUAUUCUGUUAAUGCAUAGAAAUUCAUGUUUUUUCAGC